AUGAGAGGCCCAACUCCGGUGUCCGUGCCAGGCUUGCCGGUGCGAGAGGCACAGGUGCUGAAGAAUAAGAAGCUAUUUGUAUUGCCAAUGAGUGAGGCAGUUGUAUUACGGAACCAUCCAGGAGAGGCUUCAGAAGGUGACGAUGACGACAUGGCAUGCGGAGACUUGGGAAAUGGGCUUGUUAGAAGACCAAAUGAUAUUUAUCAACGAGAAGUUUUAAAUGCACACCCAGUUAGGCCCAGAAAAGGCUCAGCAAGAAAAAGUGUCAGUUUUUUUAUGCCGCCACACAAAGGGGAAGAACAUGAUGCCACCGUUUUUCGUUGUUCGAGAUGUAAUUGUUUGAAUGACAUAUCUGCCGAAAAGUUUGGAGCGAAUGGAUUUGCAGCCUGCAGCCGACAAAACAGCUCUGAGUCGAACUCUGAGGGGUCAAAUGAUGAAUUAAGACAGCAUCUUCAAGAAGCUGUAGAAGAAGUAGAUAUUUUAAGAGUUGAAUUGGAAGCUUCUCAAAGACAACUGGAAGGCAAAGAGCAAGCAUUACAAAUUUUACAGAGCAUGGCAGUGUUGGAUAAAGCCACUAGUCAUACUAAAGCAAUAUUUAAGAAAAACGAGCAACAAAAGAGAGCUCUAGAAAAGGAAAUCAAUGUUCUACAGUGGGAAAUCAGAAUUAAUCAGGAGAGAUGUAAAAAUAUAGAGGAGACCUGGGCAGAAAAAUAUGAUAGAAUAUAUUGUGAAAAUGCUGCACUUAAGGAAGCACUUAAAUUGAGAACGGAGGAAAUUAAAACCUUGAAAUCUGAAAAUGAACUUUUGGAUCAACAGCGCUUGGAAUUGCUUGCAAUGCUUGAUGUAAAACAACAGAAGAUUGCUCAGGAAAACAUGUCUCUUAGUAAGAGUGGCUUCACAGAGAUUACAGGACUUGAACUGGCAGUACUUGGAGCCUGUACUUGCAAUGAUCCAGAGAGGGAACCAUGCUCCUGUGCCAAUAGGUCAGCAGCAACUCGAAAACAACUUCUUCAGCUCAAACAAGAGUUUGAGCUUCUGAAAAAGAGUAAAGAAGAAGCUUACAUAAUGGCAGAUGCCUUCAGAAUUGCAUUUGAGCAGCAGCUGAUGCGGAGGAAGGGCCAGGCUCUGAGACUCGCAGAAGUGAAUCAUGUCUGCAAAAAAGAAACAAAAUUAUUUAAAUGGAAAAGCACGAAAGAGGAUGAUAUUUUCCUGUUUCAAGGAAACAAGAAAACCUUAGGACAAAAACUGAGAAGCAUGAUUCCUUCUGGCAUUGAUAGUAAGAAAAUGGAAGAGCUCGAUAAUCCUCAGGAAAUCAUUAGGCUGCUAAUAGAUUUGUUGGAUGAUAAAGAGGAGGCUUUGGCUCAUCAAAGGAAAGUUAGUUAUAUGCUUGCUCGUGCUUUGGAAGAGAAAGAAGAUAGUUUACAGCAGAAUGAAGGAAAUAAACUUUCUGAAGGGCAGCUUGCUCUUAAGAUCAGUCAAAGUAAAAACGAUUCAAAUCCUCAAGCAUCAGUUACUCCUGUAUGUUCGUAUUGCCAAAAUUGUACUGCUCAGGACUGCUCCUGUUCCAUUUCCAACACCUGUACAGUUCAGCAUUCUGAUGGAAAAUCUGAAAGUUCAUGUUACUCUACAUCUGUGAAUAUGCAUUGUGAAAAAACUGAUGUGAACAAAACAGAAGAAAUAUCUGGUGCAAGCUGA